UUCCAAGUUGAAAAGCUGAUCUGCAUCAACACAAUCCACAUUCAGAUGAAUGUUGUACAUUCAGUAGCUCUGACCUGCACAGAACAUGAGUAAACAGGAAGAAGAGAAGGGAAUGGACAGGAAGGUAGACGGGAUGUCCUGCAACAUCAUCAAUGAGCUGCGGUUAGAGAAGCAGCUCUGUGACGCAGUCAUCGUGGUGGACGGCGCCGAAUUCCACGUGCACAAGAUCAUCCUGUGCGGCUGCAGCCCAUACUUCAUGGCUCUCUUCACCAACGGCGGGUAUCCUCCUGAUAAGAUCAGGUACAGCAUCCCUAACGUUUCCGCAGAGAUAAUGGAGCUGAUCGUGGAGUACGCGUAUAUAAGACGUGUUAACAUCACGGAGAAAAACGUGUGUAAGCUGCUGAUCGCUGCUGAUUAUCUGUUGGUGAACAGCCUGCUGAACGACUGCUGCACGUUCCUGAAGGCUAAGCUGUGUCCCGAGAACUGCGUUAACAUCUGUCGUUUAGCUCACUCCUACUUCUGCGAGAAGUUGAAGCAGCACGCCUUCCGGUUUAUCUUGCACAACUUUGAGGAGAUGGUGCGCCUCUCUGAGGAGUUCCUGGACCUGACGGUCGAGCAGCUAAGCGAGAUCAUCGAGAAGGAUGAACUGAACGUGAAACAGGAGAGCGUGGUGUUUGAAGCCAUCUUACAGUGGAUCAAACAUGCGCCAUGGAAACGGAAAGCGCACAUAGGAGUGUUACUGCCUAAGGUGCGUCUGGGGCUAUUGACACACGAUUACCUUAUGAACAAUGUGAGCAACAACGUUUUAGUGAUGGACGACAUGACAUGUAAGCUGAUCGUCACUAGCGUUCUGAUGGGCAUCGAUGACCUCAACCCGAGCCUUCCUCUCAGCUCUGACCUCCAGAGACUCCGCCUGCCCAGCGCCGUUCUGCUGGCCAUCGGUGGCUAUGGCCACAAGAAUCUCAAUACCAUAGAAGUGUAUGAUACGCGAGCAGCGCGCUGGGUCAACGUCACAUGCACCGACGAGAGUCCACGAGCCUAUCACGGGACGGUGUAUCUGAACGGCUUCGUGUACUGCAUCGGAGGAUUCGACAGUGUGGAUUUCCUCAACAGUGUGAGAAGGUUUGACCCCAUCACCAGAACCUGGGCUCAGGUGACCCCCAUGCACUCUUGCCGGUGUGACGUGAGUGUGUGUGUGCUGGACAGUCGUAUCUAUGCGAUGGGAGGAUUUGAUGGCAUCAGACAGAUGAAGACGGUGGAGCGAUAUGAACCUGAGAAUGAUCGGUGGUGCAUGAUCGCGCCGAUGCACGAACCAAGGGGCGACUCUAGCGCUACAGUACUGAAUGGCAAAGUGUACAUAUGCGGAGGGUUUGACGGGAACGAGUCUUUGUUCACGGGGGAGUAUUACAGUCCUCAGACAGGAGAGUGGACCCUCAUCACCCCCAUGAUGAUCAGAAGGCGUGGACUGGGCGUGGUUGCGUACGGAGGAUGGGUUUACGCUGUCGGGGGAAAUGAUGGUGUUAAUCACCUAAGCAAUGUAGAGGUGUAUAAUCCUCAGACCAACGUGUGGACACAAGGUCCAGCCAUGAACAACAAGCGCAGCAACUUCGGCAUUGAGGUGCUGGACGAUCUCCUGUUCGUUGCUGGAGGACAUAACGGCACUACCAUCAUGGAUGAAGUGGAGUGUUAUGAUAAGCAGACUUCUGAAUGGCAUGCAAUCGAAAACAUGGGGAUUUCUCGCCAUGCUCUGAGCUGCUGUGUGCUGUCUGGUUUACCCAACAUGGCAGAGUACGCUGCUACCUCACACCUCCUGUCAAUGUCUGAGACGUACAAAUAAACCUCUCCCUUCAUCGGAAUCCUUUUGUUCUCAAGAAUCAAAUUAACCACUCUGAAGCAGUCAAACUACUGAAUUUGCCUUUUGUUUCCCUUCUUAUGCUGCAAGCCGUUGUACUGAAACUCGUAAAACGACAACAUCCCUCAUGGAGACGUGCGAUAGAACAGUCCUGAGAGCUCUCACACACACACGUACACAUACCUGAGCUCACAAUGACAUGGUGGCGCUCAUGUGGUCAACGCUAAACAGAAUUCCCUUCACGUUAUUUUCUAUGUGAUGAAACCGGACUUUGUUGACUUGUAGCUUUUGUGUCAUAAUUUUCGGUUCGUGACGUAAUUCCGCUGAUUUUAGCCCAAAGUCACUAACGUGAUAAAAUCACUGUAACGGAUCAUUUUUACAAGCAAAGAUGAAGACAGGGAACAACGAUUAUACAUAAUUUCUCUCUGUGCAUCACAGGAAUAAUUCAUAUAGGUCUUAUUAAUAUGUUUAUCAAACUCAAAUAUGACCUUGCUCAGAGUAUCCACCAUUAUUUCUGAGCCG